AUGGAAACAUUCGUCAAAAUAUCUGGAGCCAAUGGGCUGGCGAUUCAGCUGGACGGUAUAAUCACUCGCACUGGGACUGACGGAAGCAACAUGCUUUCGGUGAAGCACAGUAGCGACUUUGAGUUGCUCUCCUCCACUGGAAAUGGAGCGAUCCAAGGCAACGGUUAUGAGUAUCAUGCCAAAGGGAGCAUGAGCGGUCCCCGGAUCCUGAGGCUCACAGAUGUCUCGGACUUUUCAGUCUUCAACCUGGCGAUUCGAGGAGGCAAUUCAGGCGGUCUUGAUGGUAUUGACGUCUGGAGCGACAACAUCUUCAUCCACGAUGUCAUGGUCACCAACAAGGACGAAUGCGUUACCGUGAAGUCCCCGGCCUCCCACAUCCAAGUCGAGAACAUCUACUGCAAUUGGUCUGGAGGUUCUGCCAUCGGCUCUCUCUCAACGGGCACCAACAUCAGCAACAUCUUGUACCGCAAUGUGUACACAUGGAAGUCCAACCAGAUGAUGAUGAUCAAGUCCAACGGUGGUGAUGGCUUGGUGGAGAAUGUGGUCUUCGACAACUUCAUCGGCCGCGUAAAUGCAUACUCUCUGGACAUCGACCAAUACUGGGCUUCUCAAGACACAGCGGACAGGGACGGCGUGCAGCUGAGCAACAUCACCACCUCGAACUGGCACGGGACAGAGGCCGACGGUUCUGAGCGUGGACCGAUCAAGGUGGUGUGUGCAGAUGGAGCACCCUGCGCCGGCAUUACCAUCUCUAACUUCGCUAUGUGGACAGAAGCCGGCUCUUCACAGUUCUACACCUGCCGAAGCGCCUACGGAUCUGGGUUCUGCCUCAAAGAUGGGAGUGGCAGCUCAUCCUACGACGCCGUCACCACCACCGUCUCCGCUGCGCCGUCCGGAUAUUCGGCUGCUACUAUGAAGGAAGACCUGAGCACUGCGUUUGGGAUCACUGCUAGCAUUCCGAUCCCUACCCAUCCUGCAAGCUACUUCCCCGACACCGCGCCGAUCAGUGCUGCGCCUUGA